AUGAGCUCUCAGGCUUUCGUUCUUUCUGGCCUCUGUCAGCCUGCUUACCCUCGCCCCUCCUACCCUCUCUGUAAAGUUAUGCGCGUUCGCACCUAACACACUCACGCUCUGCAGCGCAACAGCCCGGCGCUACACGGUCUAUUGGCGUUGCACGCCAUCUUCUCCAGUUGCUACUCUGUCCCCAUCUGCUUUACCUACCUCGGCGUUCGUUGGCAUCAGGGCAUCGCCACGACGCAGCAGCCGACGUGGUCGAUCUGCGCGCUCAUCCUUUGGUUCUGUACAGAAAGGGUACGGCUUUAGCUCGGCCGUCUGGCUAACAAACAAGCACUCUUUGGCGAGCUUGUCGCAUUCCUGGCUAUAACCCUCGUCCCACAGUUCCUGCUAGUUUCUCUUCUUCUGGGCCUCUUUCCGGAGUGCAAUGGCCUGGACUUUGGCGUGUGUAGCACGCAGAUCCUGCUGCUGGUACUCGAGUGCCUUGCGGCGGUGCACCUGUUGAUGCGGGUUACGAGGAACAACAUGGUUGACUUUUUACGUGUCUCUUGGCUCGCCCUACUGCUGAUGGGCAAAGCAGCACUCCUGUGA